AUAUAAAUAGACAUAUCACCAUCUCUUUCUCUCUUCCCUCUCUUCUCUCUCCUUGAGUUGAAUGCUGAUUUAGUCCCGUAGUUGUUGCUCUCUUUCCUCCCUAAACUCCACAUUUGAACAACAGCAGAGAGAAAAAGAUUAGAAAAAACCGAAUUCCUUACUCAUUCCUAGCUGAUCCCUCCUCCUAGAUCACAAAUGGAUAAGACCCUCUUAAUCCAUUCCAUAAUUCCAGGGACAAUUCCCUCUUAAGCCUAAUCUUCUUAUUCCCCCUUUCAGUUAAAACAGAGAGACAGAGAGAGAGAGAGAGAGAGAGAGAGAGAGAGAAAAAACAGAAAACAAACACAUACAGUUUCACCCACUUAAUCGUAUCAGCUUAAUGUGUUCUUCUCCUCUUCACUUUUAAACACUCCCUCCCUCCCAAUCCUAGCCCUUCUUCUUCUUCUUCCUCACUUUGCAUUGUUCCUCAUGGACUACACAGAAAUCCAAGGGAAGCAAUCCCAUGAUCCUAUUUUCAUUCACAAAAUGAAUAACCUGUCUUCCUCAACUUCUUCUCCUCCUCCUCCUCGAUGUGUGGUGUGCGUUCCCGGCCCGGUUAUAGUGGGUGCAGGUCCAUCGGGGCUCGCUACUGCCGCGUGCCUGAAAAACAAGGGCGUCCCUAGUGUGAUCCUGGAGCGAUCCAAUUGCAUAGCCUCUCUGUGGCAGCUCAAGACCUACGAUCGCCUCCGCCUCCACUUGCCCAAGCAAUUCUGCGAGCUUCCCUUGCUGCCUUUCCCGGCGGAUUUCCCCACUUACCCUACCAAGGAGCAAUUCAUCCACUACCUUGAAGAUUACGCCACCAAGUUCGACAUUCAGCCUCGCUUCAACGAGACCGUCUCCACCGCCCAGUACGACCCCGUUGUCGGCUUCUGGCGCGUGUGGACCGCGGGGUCCGAGAACGGGGUCAAGACAGAGUACGUCACCCGGUGGCUCAUCGUGGCAACCGGAGAGAAUGCCGAGGCCUUGGUGCCGAGGCUUGAGGGGAUCAUGGAGUUUGGUGGGACUAUCAAGCACACAAGCUUGUACAAGAGCGGGAAGGAGUUUAGAGGAAAGAAGGUUUUGGUGGUUGGCUGUGGAAAUUCGGGCAUGGAGGUCUGUUUGGAUCUGUGUAACCACAAUGCUAGGCCUUCACUCGUGGUCAGAGAUACAGUGCACGUCCUACCACGAGAGAUGCUGGGAAAGUCGACUUUCGGGCUGUCCAUGUUGUUGCUCAAGUGGCUGCCCAUACGCCUUGUGGAUCGCCUCUUGUUGGUAGCGUCGCGGCUGCUGCUCGGAGACACGUCCCGGCUUGGGUUGGACCGGCCUAAGUUGGGUCCCUUGCAGCUCAAGAAUUUGUCGGGGAAGACCCCGGUCUUGGAUGUUGGAACCCUGGCCAAGAUCAAAAGCGGUGACGUUCAGGUAUGUCCUGCAAUCAAGAGAUUGAAACGUCAUCAUGCUGUGGAAUUUGUUGAUGGAAGAACAGAGUAUUUUGAUGCCAUUGUCUUGGCAACAGGUUACAGGAGCAAUGUGCCCUCUUGGCUGAAGGAGGCAGAGAUGUUCUCAAAAAAAGAUGGGUUGCCAAAAACGCCAUUUCCAAAUGGUUGGAAAGGUGAGUGUGGGUUAUAUGCUGUGGGGUUUACCAAACGAGGAAUACUUGGUGCCUCAAUGGAUGCCAAAAGAAUUGCCGAAGACAUUGAACGGUGUUGGAAAGCCGAGGCAAAGCAUUCUACUCCCUUUACACGGUCGCAUUUGCCACUAUCAUCGUCGCCAUAGUGUUGUUUUUCUGAUGGUAGCGACUUGUCCGGUUAAUUAACUCGAAUGCCCAGAUGAUCAUUCGGAGGGUUUUUGUGAUGGGUUGGUACCAAGCUGAGGAAAGAAGAGAGGAAAAAAGGGGUUUGAUUAAUUCUCGAAUUCACUAGCUUGGUGAUUUGAUGGGGGACCUCACGUUGCACACCAUCUUGUACAUUACCAUUAUUGAUCUCUAAUUAGGUAUGACUUUUUAGAGUGAGAGAUUUUAAAGGGGUAGCUAGCUAGGUUGGUAUUAUUCUUCAAGUAUAUUUUGCCCUGUACUAAUUCCAACAUGGGGGUUGGGAUGAGACUUGAUGAGAAUUGAGAAAGAGUGUUAACACUAGUGUAGCUAGCUAGUUUUGUGUGGUUGAUUCUCUAAGUUAGGGAUUUUUGGAAUGGGGAAAUGACCUUUUUUACUGAUGAGAAUGCAAUUCUUUGAUUUAUAUU